AUGUCGAACCAGCUGCCGUUACCUACGCCCACCCAGGCCGCCCAGAAUGUGGUACUCGACACAUCAAAGUUGACUGAACAGUCAUCAGCAUCUGUCUGGGAUCGCAUCACCAACUGGGUCUCUGAGAACAAGGCUGUUGUAUACACCAUUGCCGGUGUCGCCGUCGUCGUGACCGGAGCCGGUGUCGUUUACUACCUUAAUGACAACAACAACAAGGCUCCUUCCGUGCCCAAGAAGAGCAAGAAGCAGCGCCGAACAGAGAAGAAGAAGGCCGAAGAAGAGAAGAAGACUGCUUCCGUGCAGGAGGAGUCCCCAAAGAAGACCGAGGAGCCCGCCGAGGAGCUUCCCGAGGUCAAUGAGGAGACUGUCGGAGAGCUCUCUGAGGAGACCCGCAACGCCUACGCCGCCAAGCUGAAGGCCGCUGGUAACAAGGCCUACGGAGCUAAGGACUACCCCAACGCGAUUGAGCUGUACGGCAAGGCCAUUCUUUGCAAGCCCGACCCCGUUUUCUACUCCAACCGCGCCGCUUGUUACAAUGUUCAGUCCAACUGGGAGAAGGUCGUCGAGGACACCAGCGCCGCCCUCGCCAUGGACAGUGAAUACGUCAAGGCCCUCAACCGGAGAGCCAUCGCAUACGAGCACUUGGAGAAGUACAGCGAAGCUCUGCUCGACUUCACCGCCAGCUGCAUCAUCGAUGCUUUCUCCAACGACGUCAGCCGCAACUCCCUCGAGCGUCUGCUGAAGAAGGUCGCCGAGAAGAAGAGCCUGGCAAUCUUGGAGGCACGCACCAAGAAGCUUCCCAGCGCCACUUUCGUUUCCAACUACCUCCAGAGCUUCCGUCCCCAGGUCCUGCCUGAAGGUCUGGAAGAGUCUGUUGAGCUGGACGACGAGUCCAGCAAGGGCCAGCUGCGCAAGGGUCUCAUUGCCAUGAGCAAGAAGACUGGCGACUCCUACGAGGAGGCAGCUGCUGCUUUCGAGAAGGCUCUGGAGCUUGGUGACCUCGGCGAGUUCGAGGGCCUGGCCCUCAACAUGCGCGCUACCUUCACUUACCUUGGCGGCAAUGCUGCCGGCGCCCUCACUGACCUGAACAAGAGUGUUGAACUCUCUCCAUCUCUUGUGCAGAGCUACAUCAAGCGCGCUAGCUUGCACCUUGAGCUUGGAAACAAGGACGCUGCCGCUGAUGACUUCGAGCUCGCCAUCGCACAAAACAAGGAUGACCCCGAUAUUUACUACCACCGCGCCCAGCUCCACUUCAUCCUGACUGAGCUCGCUGAGGCUGCCAAGGACUACCAGAAGUCCAUUGAUCUCGACAGCUCUUUCAUCUUCUCCCACAUUCAACUCGGUGUCACACAGUACAAGAUGGGCUCCGUUGCCUCGGCUAUGGCCACUUUCCGCCGGACGGUUAAGAACUUCGAGGAUGUCCCUGACGUAUACAACUACUACGGUGAGCUUUUGCUCGACCAACAAAACUACUCUGAGGCCAUCGAGAAGUUCGAAAAGGCCGUGGAGAUGGAGAAGCAGAGCAAGGUUAUGGGCAUCAACGUCCUGCCCUUGAUCAACAAGGCUCUUGCCCUGUUCCAAUGGAAGCAAGACUUCCAGGAGGCCGAGAGCCUCUGCCAGAAGGCCCUGAUCAUCGACCCCGAGUGCGACAUUGCCGUCGGCACCAUGGCCCAGCUGCUGCUCCAGCAGGGUAAGGUGGCCCAGGCUCUGAAGUACUUCGAGCGCGCCGCUGAGCUGGCUCGCACCGAGGCCGAGAUCAUCAACGCUAUCUCCUACGCCGAGGCCACUCGCACUCAGCUGGAGGUCCAGGAGAAGUACCCCCAGCUGGCUGCCCGCCUGAACACCAUGGGUGCCAUGGGCGGCGGUGCCCCUCCCAUGUAA